GACAUGCUAACCGGACUAACAGCAGUCGUUGUGGCUUUGACAGGAAAGCUUUAGCUGUCCGUAAUUAUUUCUUGUUUUAUUUUACAUUGGCGGUCCGGGCUGUCACAUAUUCACGUGAGUUACAUUCAAACAUUCAAACAAUUGCGGAAUAACAGUCUUACUGUGCGUUAAGCCCUUUAGCUUAGCUACUCUUAGCUGUCACAGUCGUGUGGACGCCAGCAGCAUCGGGCUCAUCCCUCUGUGGACAGUUUAUCUCUCUCAGGUCUUUCAUAAGUUUCCUGUUUGGCCUCUGGAACGAUGGCCAGUCCAAACGAUCUACAGUUCCAAGAGUUUGAGGAAGCAGCAGAGCUGUUGUCCGCUGACCCAGAGGCCACCACGCUCAGUAUGUCCGCCUCAGACAACCUCACUCGAGCAGGAGGAGGAGAGGAUGUGAAAUUAGACCUGUCAGAGGAUGAGCACGAUGAGGAGGAGAGUUCAGAGCUGUUGGGAGGACAGAAAGCAACCAGUGGUUUCUGGACCUUUGAGUACUACGAGUCCCUCUUCAAUGUGGACACUGUGCAGGUUCUGGAUAGAGUGAAGGGAUCUGUGCUGCCACUUCCUGGAAGAAACUUCAUUAAGCAUUACCUUCGAUCUAACCCAGAUCUGUAUGGUCCGUUCUGGAUCUGUGUGACACUGGUCUUCUCAGUGGCGAUAAGUGGGAACCUGUCGACCUUCCUCAGUGAGAUGGGAAACCCGGCGUAUCACUACAGACCACAGUUCCACAGAGUAACGAUAGCUGCAGUAGUGAUCUUCAUGUACGCCUGGCUCGUGCCCAUCGGUGUGUGGGGUUUCCUGACGUGGCGGCAAGGGUCUGAGCGGCAGAUCGGGGCCUACUCCUUCCUGGAGACAGUGUGUGUCUACGGCUACUCCCUCUUCAUUUAUAUUCCCACCUCAGUUUUGUGGAUCAUCCCGUUUGAGUGGCUGCGCUGGGUGCUGAUCGUCGUCGCCAUGGUGAUCUCUGGCUCCGUCCUGGUCCUCACUUUCUGGCCCGUCGUCCGCGACGACACCAAGUUGAUGGCUGUAGCCACCGUGGCGACCAUAGUGGUCCUGCACGCGCUGCUGGCCGUCGGCUGUAAGAUGUAUUUCUUCCAGACCGCCGUCCACAUACCUGCACCAGCUCCCACCACACCGUCUCUUCAAACACUGGUCACUAAACAACACUGACCACAGGCAGGAAGUGUUAGCAAGGAGACAGGAAAUGAAGGCUGUCUGGAAUCACAGGCAGAUAGAAAAACCAUGUGUCGAUAAUAAUCCAAAACCGUGAUUAUUGUCAUUGUGAGGCUUCUGAUAUGAGCUGGGAUAUGUGUGUGUGUGUGUGUGUUUAAUUUAUCCUGAGGGUACAGCUGAGGUAGCAGGGUGAUAAUAACUGUACAUUUCCACUGUGACACUGUGUCCAAAUAUGCUGCAUUUGCUUUGUUUUGAAUGAGCUGUGAAAACAGAAAGAAAACAAAAAAAAGUUUGUUAAAGAAAACACGGACGUGAAUCCGUGUUCAUGCAAAUCAUCCAUUCAUAUCACUCACAGCACGGACGUGGAAGUAGCUUUACAAUGUGAGUGUGACGGACGCAGUGACCAAAGCUGUGGUCAGUGACAGUAAAGGUGCAGUCUGUCAUUAUGACUGUUCGCCUGUGUCGUCUGUGUCUCUGUUAGCUGCAAAACUGUGGAAACAAAUCUGUCUCUCCACGUUUUUAAAAGCCUGAGAAUGUGUCAGUGUUGUGAACUUAAAAGGCUUUUAAAAUUCAAAAUACAUUUUAGUUCAAUGAAAUUUUGAAGGAAGACUCCAUUACACUCCACAGGGAUUUUUUUGGACAUUUCAAGAAAAAGAGUAUUGUAGGUUUUAUUGUUUAUUCUCCACAGACUUUCUAGUUUCUAAUUUAUUUAAUGUACUUAUUUAAUGUUAGAAAACAGGUGAAACACUCACUCCUGAACAAUUUUGAAUAAAUACCUAAUUGCGAUAUGAUUCACGAUCUCAGAGGGUGAGACGGUCAUUUUUACAUCAUUAUUCUCAUUUUCAGUCAAAGAAACAUUUUAAAGGACGAAUGUGUGAUAUUUGUGCAGCUCCGUGAGAAACAAAGAUGUUCUCUUCAGUCUGUACAAUAAGGAAAUAAAAAAAAUAUUGAGUGCUUACCCAAAGUAAGGUUUACUUAAUAAUAAAACAUUUAAAAAAAGACCAAGAAAAAAGAGUCAGUGUUGCGCUGGAAAUGACGGCAGAAUCUGCAUCUCUGCCAAAAAUGAAGCGGACAAAGAAGAAAUGAGGGAGUUAAUAGUUAGUGAGUCAAUGUGGUCACUUGACUCAGGAAUAAUUGUCCAUUAAACACAUUCCCACUUGUCUAAAAAUCACCUUUAAUUGCAAUGAGGUGACAAACCGCUCCUCUGUGGAGUUCUGACUCCUGAUUAUAUAAAGUAUUGUCUGUCAGAGCCGGAGACUGAAGGACACGUGACUGAGAACGCUGUCACAAUUAGAGCUUCACACUGAUCUCAACUGUGUUUCCCUGACAGCAGCAGCUGGAAUGGUCUCAUGUUUGUUUAUGUCAGUGGUCAAAGAACAACCACACAUGGCAGUGUGUGGUUGUUCCUUCACUUAUGUCAGGACCAGUUCCUGUCCAGCUUGUUGUUGAUUACUUCAUUUAUGAAUCAUAAUAUAAUAAUAGUGUUUGAAUGUGAUUAGGCAUGCAUCUUUACCAGAAACAGCAGCUUUCAGCAAACCAUGAAUCAGAUGCAGGAAAUGAAUGAUUAGAUGGUGAAUGUGUUACAGUGAACUCUGCUAAGAAAUGUAAUUAUCCUCUUUAAUGUUCAUUUAUAAAAUGUUAUUUGCACGGAUGAUUUACUGUAGAUGAAGGAAAAAGAACUUACUGUCCUACUGUGACGCUGAUGAGGUUUGGGUUUCUUUAGGUUAAUAAACAGACUCUGUUCUGCUUA